UUGUUACUGUAUAUCAAUAACCAUACAGCUGAUAGGAAAACAAAACUAUAUAGUCCAUGUAGAGAAAUCAUUUAUCAAUCCAGUGCUCCGAGAGAAUCAUCAAAUAAAAAGAAAUGUGUCAUGUGUUAUUCAAAAUUUAAUUAUCAGUCGUUGGAAAGCUGAACCGAUAAAGAUAUGUACGAGAUUAACGCAGCCAAAAAUGUAUUAGAUAUCAGAAGACAACUUAGAAACCACACAUUACGUAUUUGAAGUCAGAAGAUGUUGCAACUUCUGCCAUAUUCUCUUCUGUAUCUUUUCAUAGUUGGUGUUGUGUUUGGUGUUGGAGCAUAUACGGAAAUCAACCCUAACCAAGGCGAAAGUGAUGAUAAUAUUGAAGAACCUAAUUCAUAUUGGACCUAUCAGUGCAGCAACUCUGUAUGCGACAGAAGAAGAGUUGAAGCCAAAAUAAUGACUCUGGAAACAUGUAACAUGAUGUGUGGUACGCCUUCCCUGUGGCCCUUGCCCAGAUCAAUGAAUAUCACGAGCAAAACUUCAUCCACGAUUGAUAUAAACAAGAUGGUAACUAGAUUCCAUACUCCGGUUGCAGUGAAAACGGAUCUGAAAAAGGCAUUCAGAAUAUUCAAACGCAAUUUGAUAUAUCUGAAAAACAAUUAUAUUGAAGCUCCAGCUAGAGAGGUUCAGGUUAUAAUAUUUGUUGCAAGUGACGUAAGAAAAUUGAAACUCUCAACAGAUGAAAGCUACAGUCUCAAAGUGAAAUACGAUGGCGAGGAUAGCAUUUUGGCAAAUAUCUCUGCUUCAACUUACUUUGGUGCCAGACAUGCCCUGGAAACUUUGAGCCAACUAAUUUGGUUGGAUACCGAUAACGACCAUCUCAAAAUCCUCCAUGAUGUUGAUAUUGAAGACGGGCCAGAAUUCCCAUACAGAGGUAUCAUGAUCGACACAGCAAGAAACUAUUUUGCUAUCGACAGCCUUCGGAAGGUUGUAGACGGGAUGGCUGCUACGAAACUGAACGUUCUCCAUUUGCAUUUGACAGACGCUGUUAGUUUUCCAAUAGUUCUUCCUACCAUUCCGGAAUUGGCGAAGUAUGGGGCCUAUGGACCGGAUAAGAUUUAUACUGCGGAAGAUAUAAAAGAUCUGAUAGAAUAUGCGAGAAUAAGGGGAAUCAGAACAAUUCUAGAAGUGGAUGCACCAGGUCAUGUUAACGAAGGUUGGAAUCGUCUCAACAAAAGAACCGGAAAGCUAAUAAUAUGCGGAGAAACCGAGGUCACCAGUGGCCAACUUAAUCCUGACAACCCAAACACACUGAAAAUAUUACGAACCAUUUACGAAGACCUCUUUGAACUUGGUACCGAUGCCGAAAUGUUCCAUAUUGGUGGAGAUGAAGUAGAUAUGAACUGUUACGCACAGACACAGGCUGCUAAAAAGUUCAAAGACAUUAAUCAGUUCUGGAUGAAUCUCACGAAAGACAUCUUCGAAGCAGUGGUUGAGGCACAUGCCGAUGAGACUCUACAAAACUUGAUAAUAUGGUCCAGCCCCUUGACUGAUCAAUACCUGAGUCAGUUGAACUACAGCAAAAAUGUCGUGGUACAGUUUUGGUAUGGUAACCCUUACUCUAUGAUACAGAAUGGGAACAAAAUUAUUUUCUCAACAGUUGGAAAUUGGUACCUAGACUGUGGAUUUGGAUCAUGGAGACCCCAAAGCCAAGAUGGAUCCUGUGAUCCAUACACUCCGUGGCAGACUUUCUACAAGUACAGACCCUGGUGGCUAUAUGCUGUUCCUGAAGAACAGACUUUAGGGGGAGAAGCUUUGUGGACGGAACAAGUGGAUGAAGCUACUUUAGAAACAAGACUUUGGCCCAGAGCUGCAGCCUUUGCUGAACGAGUCUGGAGUGAUCCUGCCGGUAUUGAGUUUGACAGCUACGACGUUUCGACAAGAAUAUCCGCCCAUAGAGAUCGGCUGAUAUCGAGAGGAUUCGAGGUUGCCGCGAUAUGGCCCUUGUGGUGUACACAAAAUCCAGGACGGUGUUAGCUCUCAGAUUUGGAAUACGUUCUUUUUUGAGUUUUAUGUUCGGGUUAUGAUUGAGCUGUUUGUAGUCAGUAGAAAAAAGAGAGAGAGAUAGAAACAAAGAAAUAUAUUACUUUUGGCAGAGUAACGAUUUGAUUCUCUCAGUUAUUGCUGAAAAGAAAUUAUGAUAAUUGAUUCGAAAAAUUAGGAUUUUAUUGGUGAUUUUGUUUUUGAAUUUCUGCUUUUGAAAACUACAAAAAUAUCUAUGAGAAAAGAUAAUCUACUCAUAUGAAUUUAUUCAAAAUAAAUCAUUCAAGGAGUU